UGGGAGGCAGCUAUAAAAGCUCCAGGGCUGGCUAGAGCCCCUCGGAGUGCACACAGGGCCAGAGCCCGACCUAAGCUGGAGUGAAGCUGGGAGGGGAGCUGGGAGUGGAGCUGCGUGAACCACAGGCUCAGGAUGCAGGCCCUUGUGCUACUCCUCUGGACUGGAGCCCUGCUAGGGCAUGGCAGCUGCCAGAACAUCGCCAGCAACCCAGAGGACUCCCAGGCCCCCGAGAGCACAGGGGAGCCAGUGGAGGAGGAGGACCCCUUCUUCAAGGUCCCUAUGAACAAGUUGGCAGCGGCCGUCUCCAACUUUGGCUAUGACCUGUACCGGCUGAGAUCCAUGGAGAGCCCCAGCACGAAUGUGUUGCUGUCUCCGCUCAGCGUGGCCACAGCCCUCUCCGCUCUUUCGCUGGGAGCGGAACAGCGAACAGAAUCCAUCAUUCACCGGGCUCUCUACUAUGAUGUGAUCAGCAACCCCGACAUCCAUGGCACCUAUAAGGAACUCCUUGCUGCUGUCACUGCCCCCGAGAAGAACUUGAAGAGUGCUUCCCGGAUUGUCUUUGAGAGGAAGCUGCGGAUAAAAUCCAGCUUUGUUGCACUACUGGAAAAGUCAUAUUCGACCAGGCCCAGAAUCCUGACUGGCAACCCUCGAAUUGACCUUCAAGAGAUUAACAAUUGGGUGCAGUCCCAGAUGAAAGGGAAAAUCCCCAGGUCUACAAAAGAAAUGCCCAGUGGAAUCAGCAUUCUCCUUCUCAGCGUGGCUUACUUCAAGGGGCAGUGGGUAACAAAAUUUGACUCCAGAAAGACUUCUCUCCAGGAUUUCCACUUGGAUGAGGAGAGGACUGUGAAAGUCCCCAUGAUGUCAAACCCCAAGGCUGUUAUCCGCUAUGGCUUGGAUACUGACCUCAACUGCAAGAUUGCCCAGCUACCCUUGAGUGGAAGCAUGAGCGUCAUCUUCUUCCUGCCUGUGAAGGCGACUCAGAAUUUGACCAUGAUAGAGGAGAGCCUCACCUCUGAGUUUGUUCAUGACAUAAACCGAGAACUGAAGACUGUUCAAGCAGUCCUGAGCAUCCCCAAGCUGAAGCUGAGUUUUGAAGGCGAAGUUACCACGUCCCUGCAGGAACUGAAGCUUCGAUCCUUGUUUGAGUCACCUGACUUCACCAAGAUCACAGGCAAACCUGUCAAGCUUACUCAAGUGGAGCACCGGGCUGGUUUUGAGUGGAAUGAGGAGGGGGCGCCAGGAGCCACAGCUAACCCAGACCUCCAACCUACCCGCCUCUCAUUCCCCCUGGACUAUCACUUGAACCAACCUUUCAUCUUUGUCCUGAGGGACACGGACACGGGGGCCCUUCUCUUCAUAGGCAAAAUUCUGGACCCCAGAGGUACUUAAUUAAUGUUCCAGUUUAACAUUCUAGUAUUCUAGGAAAAAGAAAAAAAAAAAAAACCCAGAGGGAUGGUAGCCCCCAUAGUUUCAAUGUAUACUUUACAAUAAAAGAGCUUUAUCCUUAA